AGAGAGCUGGCUAAAGCUAGCCGUGGGGAAGGAUGGAGGCCUCCUCGUCUCUGCCACAUCACGAGAGAUGCACCUGGCCUGGGCCUCAACAUACAGCCAGUGGAAGGUGAGAAAGGCAAAUUCACAGUAAGCUCAGUGAAAGGAGGUGCUGCAGAGAGAGCAGGAGUGAAGAAAGGGGACCGGCUAAUUUGGAUAGAUGGUGCCAUGGUCUCUGAACUCACACACUCUGCCAUCAGCAGAAUGGUGAAGAAGUGCAACAAUCACAUGACAAUGCUGGUGAUUGACAGUGACAGUGAGAAGAGUUAUGCCCGUAGGAAAAUGCCUAUUCUCCCAGCCAUGGCUGAUGCAGAGAACAUGCCAUAUCGGCCUCGCAGACUGCAUCUGGUGCUGGGGCCAGAAGGGUACGGCUUCCUGCUCAGGCAGGAAAAGACUGGAACGGGACGCAGUGUCCACAUGUUGAGAGAGGUGGAUAAGGGCAGCCCUGCUGAACUGGGAAGUGUGGAGGAAAAUGUUUCAAGUGCUGCUGAACCACCAGCACUGAAGACUGUUGACUUGUCUGAUGACAGCACUUAG